AAGAAGACGGAAAGGUGAUGUCUUACAAGUGCAUUGUGGGAGAGAGGAAAAAUCAACAUGCACUAAAGUCAAUAUAGGUGACAUGAGUCUGCGGAAUAUUUCCAGGCAAAUUAAAAACAUGCAUUUUGGGAUGACGCUGAUCGCUAACAAAGAUGACGGGUUUGUGGCCUGCGCUCCCCUCUGGUCCAGAUGCGGUACAUCCCUGUAUAGCACAGGGAUGUGCACCAGAUGUUCAACCUACAUGGACAUUGUGAUAGUCCUGGAUGGCUCCAACAGCAUUUACCCAUGGUAUGAGGUGCAGAAUUUUCUUAGCAACAUUCUCAGCAAAUUUUUCAUUGAUCCAGAGCAGAUCCAGGUUGGAGUCUUGCAGUACAGCGAAGUUGCGGUUCAUGAGUGGACCCUGAGGAUUACAAGACGGGCAGAGGAGGUCAUCGAAGCUGCCCAAAAUAUCAGCCGGCAGGAAGGACUCGAAACUCGGACAGCUUCUGCCAUCCACAAGGCCUGUGGAGACAAUGAUUCUCAGACCUUGAUUCGCCUCCAUCCAAGUCUUGAAAUGAUGUCUCGGUCCCCCCCCCCAGGUCUUGGGCCACUAUAUACGCGGAAGAAAGAUCCCAACUCGUUCAUCAACGAAAUUAAUAUCGCCAGCGACCCCGACGAGAAGUAUUUCUUCAAUGUGACUGAUGAGGCGGCCCUCAACGAUAUUGUGGACUCCUUAGGCGAUCGGAUCUUCAGCCUUGAAGGUGAGGGACCCGCGAGUAUAACUCUUUUGAGCUGGAAAAUGUCUCAGGUGGGCUUCUCCACCCACUUGCUGGAGGAUGGAAUUCUCUUUGGGAUGGUGGGAGCCUACGACUGGGACGGUGCCCGUGCUCAAGGAGGGCGGUCUGGACGGGUCAUCCCCCCCCGGGAAGCUUUUGCAAGAGAGUUCCCGCGAAAGCUGAACAACCACGCGGCCUAUCUGGGCUAUACGGUCUCUUCCAUCAGACUCCGGAGUGGCCGAAGGCUCUAUCUGGCCAGCGCCCCCCGUUUCCAGCACAAGGGGAAAGUUAUCCUCUUUGAGAUGGAUGGAGAUGGCGACGUAUCCAUCUCUCAGGCCUUGACAGGGGACCAGAUCGGUUCCUACUUUGGGAGUGAAGUUUGCCCCGUGGACGUGAAUGGGGAUGGCAUCACAGAUGUCCUGCUGGUGGCUGCCCCCAUGUACCUGGGCCCACAGAACAAAGAAAUAGGGUGUGUUUACCUUUACAAGGUUGGCCAGUCACUGCUGACCCUCAAUGGGACCCUCCUUCCUGACCCCAAACCUCAGGAUGCCCGCUUUGGCUACGCCAUCCUGGCUGUUCCGGAUCUUAAUCACGACAGCUACGACGUAGUUGUGGGUGCCCCCUUGGAGAACAACCAGGGGGCAGUCUACUUGUACCACGGCUACCGUACAACUGUAUUGCCACGCCCUUGGCAGCGCAUCGAAUCCACAGCGCUUCAUUUGGGCCUCCGCUAUUUCGGCCGCAGUUUGGAUGGGCAGAUCGACAUGGAUGGGGACGGCCUGGUGGAUCUGGCUGUGGGGGCUCAGGAUGCUGCAGUGGUCUUAAGAUCCAGGAGAAUCGUGCAGAUCAAUGCAUCCAUCUCAGUCAACCCUGCCUCCAUCAACGUGAUCCAGAAAAACUGCCAGAGAAAAGGGAAGGAAUCUCUCUGCGUGACAGCCAACUUCUGUUUCAGUGUGUCUUCGCGGUCUCUGGGUCCCCAGGACAGCCACUUGAGUAUAAAAUACAACAUCUCUCUGGAUGACAGGAAGCUUCGCACGAGGGCGGUCUUGACAGCACUUCCCAAAAGCUGCUGCAGAAGAGGACUCGGGCCACCGUGGGCAGGACGGCGUGCUCAACUGCUCGCUUCCAUGUCGUUGCGCAACCAGACUUUGAACCGCUCAGAAUUCAAAUCACAUAGCCAAUCAAGUGACGGCAACGAUCCUCAACCAGGGGUGGUGUUCACUUAUGUUACCGACUGGUUUGCAAAUGACACCUCAGAUUACCUCCGGCCGGUCACCAUCACCAUGAAGUUUGGACUGAGUGAAACUGAGCUGCCUGGGCCUGUACUGGAUGAGAAGCUGCCCACCACUGUUAAGAAACUAGUAAAUCCCCUUUUCAAAGACUGUGGUGAGGACGAUGAGUGUGUAACAGACCUGGUGCUACAAGCCGAAAUGGAUAUCAGUGGAUCCAGGCAGAAGCCUCAUGUCAUCCGUAAAGGGAAGCGGAAGAUGGUGAUUGACGUCCUUCUAGAGAACAAGAAAGAAAACGCCUACAACACCACCCUCCAGAUCUGGUUUUCCAGAAGUCUUCAUUUUUCCAGCCUUGGACUGAAGGGGGAGAACCCCGUGAAAAUGGAGUGCUCGGUUUCUUCCGCUCAAGCCCGCAUGUGCAGCGUGGGUUAUCCUGUCUUCCGGUCCUCGGCAAAGGUGGCCUUUGCCCUCGAGUUCGAAUUCAGCUGCUCCUCUCUCCUGAACAAAGUGCAGGUGAAACUGACAGCCAGCAGUGACAGCAGUGAGUUAAAUCAAACGCUGACGGACAACAUUGCCCAGCUCACCUCCUUCGUCUCUUAUGAGCCUGACCUCUUCCUGACCAGUGAGUCUACCUUGAACCGAUAUGAAGUACAUCCUGUGGGGACAUUUCCCAGCGACAUGAGCCCAGAAUUUCGGACAACCAUCAAAAUACAAAACCUUGCCUGUUACGCGGUGUCUAAUCUUUCGCUCCUGAUGGCAUUUCCCGCCACCGGCUAUCAAGGGAGGGAAUUCCUCUGGGUGACACGCAUUAUUGCAGACAAUAUGACCUGCAGCUUGCCGAAUCGCACCGAAUUCGGAGCAGCUAAUAGUGUGAUUCCACUGCAUCCCGAAGAAUUGGAGCACACAGACAGAGUGAAUUGUACCAACGCCGGCUGCCAGGUGGUAGCCUGCCAGCUGAAACGCCUCGAGAGGAGCUCCGAAGUCACCAUCCACCUGCUCAGAGCUGUCCGGAACGAGUUUUUCCGGAAGGCUAAAUUCAAGACAGUGAAGAUAAUCAGUAGCAUUACCCUGAAUGUUCAAGAAGAAGACAAUCUGUUUCUUCUACUAAAAGCUGCCCACCAGCGACAGGUUGUUUUAGAGAUAAUCCAGUCCAAACUGGUCCCUCUUUCCCUCUGGAUUCUGAUUGGCAGCAUCCUUGGUGGUCUCCUGCUGCUCACCGUGGUCAUCCUUUUCUUAUGGAAGGUUGGAUUUUUUAUACACAAAAAACCCGGGGAAGAUGAAAAAGAAGAAUAAAACCCAAGUCAGUCGAACCAAGACUCUUUGCCCAAGAUGGAAGAGCAUCUGUGCAUUAAAACCCAGAAGGGGAGCUGUAAUUUUUCUGUCCUAACCACCUUCGGACCAGAGACAUUCAGACUGCUCCACAAGAAUUUGUUUUUUUAAAGCAUUGUAUGGAAGAGGGUUAAGCUCUAGCCCCCCAAUGUUAGCAAAAAAACAGGGUGGUGGUAGUUGGGUGUCCCCCCCCCACACUUUUGUCUAAACAAUUGGCUCUCCAUAUCCAGAACUCCUAAAAGUUAACAAAAGACCUGGGAGAUCACGAUCUUUGGCUCCCUCAAGGCCUAGAAUAACAGAAACAAGAGCGAAGGCAGGCUUCCUCUCGAGCUACAAUCAAAACCUGAAUGGGCAGUGUGUGGCUGGACUCCAACGCCCAGCAACCUCAGCCAACACAGAAUAAGGGGAAUUGCAAUCACCAGCCAAUUUCCAGCCAGGCCCUCCAGUUCUCAACGGCAGCCUCUUGGUUCCCUGGCCAACUGCAGCCAAAUGGAAAAACACUUGGAAGGGGUAAACGGGCAGAUAUCUCUACGUCUUUCUGAACUGGCACAAAGAGAAGCUCAUCCUGUAGAGUGUUCUGACGGAGGCUUCCCAAGAGCGUGAAACAAACUCCUUGUACCGAC